CGUCCAACAAAAAAAUUUCCCUAACCCCGCUAGAGGUAAGGUUUGUUCUAAAAUGGAAUCUUCUAAAUACGUAGGGUAUGGCCCAUAAAAGAAGCCCAUUGUAGCAGAAUUGGCUGAACGCCCAGAAGGUUCAUUCGACGACGGAGGCGAGGAUAUUUCGAAAAAGAGAGAAACUUCCCGAGAAAGCCAGAAUCUUCGACAGUCGCCAUAAAUUCUCACCUCUUUCACUUUCUUCACCAAUCAGAAACUCCAAACCAGCAAAUUAUCCUCUGAUAAUCGUUGAGUUCAAUCAAAGCGCUUCCGAAUCUCGAUUUCAAAUCUCCGAUUCAAGUCGUAUAUCAAUUUCUUCAACUAAACCUCAGAAGAUGUCGAUGAUUCCAAGCUUUUUCGGUGGCCGACGGAGCAGCAUCUUCGAUCCAUUUGCCACAUUCGAUCUCUCAGAUCCAUUCGAUUUUCACUUUCCUUCAUCACUUUCAUCUCACUUUCCGGAAAUUGCUCGUGAAACUUCAGCUAUGGUGAACGCUCGUGUAGACUGGAAGGAGACGCCGGAGGCUCAUGUUCUGAAAGCCGAUCUGCCUGGACUGAAGAAAGAGGAAGUGAAA